AUGUCUAUUCAUUGUACUAACGGCAUCUACGCGACCUUGUCGUCAUGUUUUGAUAUCGCAGCAUUUAGCGUCCAGUCUUUGGCAGCCGGAAGUACGCCGUCGCUCGAUCGAGUUCAGCACCAGCGCAAACUUAAUGAUGCAGCUACCAACAUUGAUUUCAACGUCCCCACGGAUGAUCAACCCGCGAAUUAUCUCAACGACCCCGCGCCGGUUGAUCUCAACAACCCCGCCAAUGAUCUCAACAACCCCGCCAAUAAUCUCAUCAACCCCGCCAAUGAUCUCAACAACCCCGCCAAUGAUCUCAACAACCCCGCCAAGGAUCUCAACAACCCCGCCAAUGAUCUCAACAACCCCGCCAAGGAUCUCAACAACCCCGCCAAUGAUCUCAACAACCCCGCCAAGGAUCUCAACAACCCCGCCAAGGAUCUCAACAACCCCGCGAAGGAUCUCAACAACCCCGCCAAUGAUCUCAACAACCCCGCCAAAGAUCUCAACAACCCCGCCAAUGAUCUCAACAACCCCGCCAAGGAUCUCAACAACCCCGCCAAUGAUCUCAACAACCCCGCCAAUGAUCUCAACAACCCCGCCAAGGAUCUCAACAACCCCGCCAAUGAUCUCAACAACCCCGCCAAGGAUCUCAACAACCCCACCAAUGAUAUCAACAACCCCGCCAAAGAUCUCAACAACCCCGCCAAUGAUCUCAACAACCCCGCCAAGGAUCUCAACAACCCCGCCAAUGAUCUCAACAACCCCGCCAAUGAUCUCAACAACCCCGCCAAGGAUCUCAACAACCCCGCCAAUGAUCUCAACAACCCCGCCAAGGAUCUCAACAACCCCACCAAUGAUCUCAACAACCCCGCCAAUGAUCUCAACAACCCCGCCAAUGAUCUCAAUGACGACACCACCGAUGAUCUCAAUGACGACACCACCGAUGAUCUCAAUGACGACACCACCGAUGAUCUCAAUGACGACACCACCGAUGAUCUAAAUGACGACACCACCGAUGAUCUCAAUGACGACACCACCGAUGAUCUCAAUAACGACACUACCGAUGAUCUCAAUGAUGAUUCCACCACUGACGACACCACAGUAACCAGCAUCGGUACCGGUGGCACAAUCCCCACCCUUGGCGCUGCUCCCGAGGUAGCUGUGAGCACCACUAUGACUGUCGGCGGCUCGUCCUACGCGUUCAAUUCGCUUCGCUGCGUGAACCUCAAGCCCAGCAACGCGCGCGGCGCAAACGCGGCGAAGCGGAGCGUGACGGUGUGGUGGGACCGAAAGACGGCGACGACGGCGACGGCAACAUGCAAGGAGCUCAAAUUCUUCGCCAACGCCGACUGCGACGGCUACGCUGUUGACAAAAUGAUCAAGCCCAAAGCCAAUCCUAUGCGCAAGUUCUUCCGCCUCCCCAAGGCCACGUGA